UUAUCACUCUUUAGGAUAAUAUCUGGGGAGAUUUGUUUGGAUGCAGGGUGUUUUAAACGUUUCUCUUUCCUUGCUUCUUUCUUGUGUCGUUACGUGGGUCUUUUCCUCUUCGUUUUACUUGACUUCAGUUGGAAAUGGAGCCUUCUCCACUGGUAUGGCAGAUGUUGAGACGAGACAGAAUCUGCUUCCCCAGAAAGGAAGUGUGUGAAGAACCUUUGUACUCUGGGAUUGAGACGGUGAGUGUGGGAGUCAGCACAGAGCCCUGCCAUGCCAGGUGGGAGGUAGAGACAGAUGAAAUUGUUCUACAGCGGCGGCAAAAACAGAUAGAUUAUGGCAAGCGCACACCUGGUUACCAGUGUUUUCUGCAGCAGGUCCCCAAGGCAAAGCGACAGCCAGGACUUCACCCUCAAACACCAAACAAGAAGAGGAGGUACAGCCGUCGCUCCUGGGAUGCCCAGAUCAGGCAGUGGAGAAGAGCCCUACAUUCUUGGGACCCCCCCCAGCCAGCCCCUGCAGGGCAGGGUUCUGAGGGGCAGGGAAUGGAGCUUCUCUUAGAGCCAAUGGGUUCCACCCAUUUGGAUGACCUCCUGGAUGACUGGUUCCAGGUCCUGGAACCCUCAGUGAAUCUGGAUGGAGACCAGAAGGGAGCCCAGGUAGUAUCUUCUUCUAAAACCCACUGGAGCAGGGUUAGAGAUGGGGUCUGACCCAUGAGGAAAAAAUUAGGAUGGGGUUCAAGGUAGCAGUUGAAGAAAAAAAGAAGAAAAAUGGGGCAGCAGGAAAAAAUAGGACAUGAAUAAAAAAAUCUG